GGUUGACAGGACAUUAGCAUUCCGGACAGCAGCAGUGCGUUAUGCGUCCGAUCAUGCGCGCGCUCUACGUCAAGCACAACAAGGCGGCCCAGGAGGCGCGGCAUCGCGAGGAGGCGCGCCGUCGUGCCGUCAACAGCAUUCGUCUCAAGCGCCUUCUCCGGCGCUUGGUGCGCGACCACCACGUUGCCCGCGCCAACGCGUUGCCGCUCUUUGAUGACGGCGACGCGUGGUAUGACUUUUCGCCGCUCGUUUGUCUCUCUCGCCGCGUGCCGGACGCUCUGAGUGACGCGUUGCAAUCGAUGCCUCGCUAAAGCCGGCUCCUGAGUCAUCGCCACCGCGCUCUGUGCAGCCAGUGACGCCCUUUUGACGCCUGUCCGUCGACGAUCAAAAUGUUGCUGCCUUUUCCAGCGCCGCCAUUGAAACCUUGAUAUUAACAUACGAUCCCAUUUGCACGCGUAUAUAUAAAGCUGCUUGGUCAUAGAACUCGCCUGGAG